GGAAGCGGGUCCUAGAGGCAGCGGCAGAGUAGAACUAGGGGCUUCGGGGGCAGCAGCGGAAAGACUUAAGAUUAUUAAGAGGGCAGCAGACACCGAGAACGAGAAGAGGAGCCUUGGCCAUCGGCUUCCAGUGAACGAGAAGUCGCGGUUUCGCUCUCUUCUCUGCUUAGGUUUUCGGCUUCCCAGCUUAGGCUAAGGCAGCGGCUGACAAAGGGCUCGCGCCGGUGCCGCCGCCCUUCUCAUCCGGGCAAUCGGGCCCCUGCGGAGAGGGAGGGGGAAGGGCUGAGGGGGAGGGGAAGGAGCCGGAGGGGCGCGCGCUUGGAGCUUAGGCCCUCUCCAGGGUUCCAGUCCCGUGGCCCAACGGACGGAAGCCGAAGAGGACCUGCAGAGGUGGCGGCGGCCGGUGGCAGGAGGAUGGUGCAGAAGGAGAGCCAGGCGGCGCUGGAGGAGCGGGAGAAUGAACUCAGUUCUAACCCAGCCGCCUCUGCGGGCGCAUCGUUGGAGCCGCCGGCAGCUCCAACCCCUGGGGAAGACAACCCAGGAACCGUGGCUGGGGGAGCGGCAGUUACCGGGGCGGCAGGAGGGGCUCGGAGGUUCUUGUGUGGCGUGGUGGAAGGAUUUUAUGGAAGACCUUGGGUUAUGGAACAGAGAAAAGAACUCUUUAGAAGGCUCCAGAAAUGGGAAUUGAAUACAUACUUGUAUGCCCCAAAAGAUGACUAUAAACAUAGGAUGUUUUGGAGAGAAAUGUAUUCAGUGGAGGAAGCUGAGCAACUUAUGACUCUCAUCUCUGCUGCCCGGGAAUAUGAGAUAGAGUUCAUCUAUGCUAUCUCACCUGGAUUGGAUAUCACUUUUUCUAACCCUAAGGAAGUAUCUACAUUAAAACGCAAAUUGGACCAGGUUUCUCAGUUUGGAUGCAGGUCAUUUGCUUUGCUUUUUGAUGAUAUUGACCAUAAUAUGUGUGCAGCAGACAAAGAGGUAUUCAGUUCUUUUGCUCAUGCACAAGUCUCCAUCACAAAUGAAAUUUAUCAGUACCUAGGAGAGCCAGAAACUUUCCUCUUCUGUCCUACAGAAUAUUGUGGCACUUUCUGUUAUCCAAAUGUGUCUCAGUCUCCUUAUUUAAGGACUGUGGGUGAAAAGCUUCUACCUGGAAUUGAGGUCCUUUGGACAGGUCCCAAAGUUGUUUCUAAAGAAAUUCCAGUAGAGUCUAUUGAAGAGGUUUCUAAGAUUAUUAAGAGAGCUCCAGUAAUCUGGGAUAACAUUCAUGCUAAUGAUUAUGAUCAAAAGAGGUUAUUUCUGGGCCCAUACAAAGGAAGAUCUACAGAACUCAUCCCACGGUUAAAAGGAGUCCUGACUAAUCCAAAUUGUGAAUUUGAAGCCAACUAUGUUGCUAUCCACACCCUUGCUACUUGGUACAAAUCAAACAUGAAUGGAGUGAGAAAAGAUGUAGUGAUGACUGACAGUGAAGACAGUACUGUAUCAAUCCAGAUAAAGUUAGAAAAUGAAGGCAGUGAUGAAGAUAUUGAAACUGAUGUACUCUAUAGUCCUCAGAUGGCUCUAAAGCUAGCUUUAACAGAAUGGUUGCAAGAGUUCGGUGUACCUCAUCAGUAUAGCAGUAGGCAAGUUGCACACAGUGGAGCUAAAGCAAGUGUAGUUGAUGGGGCUCCCUUAGUCGCAGCUCCCUCUUUAAAUGCCACAACAGUAGUUACAACAGUUUAUCAGGAGCCCAUUAUGAGUCAGGGAGCAGCUCUGGGUGGUGAACCUACACCUCUGACCAAGGAAGAAGAAAAGAAACAGCUAGAUGAGGAACCCAUGGACAUGGUAGUAGAGAAACAAGAAGAAACAGAUCACAAGAAUGACAAUCAAAUACUAACUGAAAUUGUUGAAGCUAAAAUGGCAGAGGAAUUGAAACCGAUGGACACUGAUAAAGAAAGCAUAGCUGAAUCAAAAUCCCCAGAGAUGUCUAUGCAAGAAGACUGUAUUAGUGAUAUUGCUCCUAUGCAGACUGAUGAACAGACAAACAAGGAGCAGUUUGUGCCAGGUCCAAAUGAAAAGCCUUUGUACACUGCAGAACCAGUGACUCUAGAAGAUUUGCAGUUACUUGCUGAUCUGUUCUACCUACCUUAUGAGCAUGGACCCAAAGGAGCACAAAUGUUACGGGAAUUCCAGUGGCUUCGAGCAAAUAGCAGUGUAGUUAGUGUCAAUUGCAAAGGCAAAGACUCUGAAAAGAUUGAAGAAUGGAGAUCUCGAGCGGCCAAGUUUGAAGAGAUGUGUGGACUAGUGAUGGGAAUGUUCACUCGGCUUUCCAAUUGUGCCAACAGGACAAUCCUUUAUGACAUGUACUCCUAUGUUUGGGAUAUCAAGAGUAUAAUGUCUAUGGUGAAGUCUUUUGUACAGUGGUUAGGGUGUCGUAGUCAUUCUUCAGCACAGUUCUUAAUUGGAGACCAAGAACCCUGGGCCUUUAGAGGUGGUCUAGCAGGAGAGUUCCAGCGUUUGCUGCCAAUUGAUGGGGCAAAUGAUCUAUUUUUCCAACCACCCCCACUGACUCCUACCUCCAAAGUUUAUACUAUCAGACCAUAUUUUCCUAAAGAUGAGGCUUCCGUGUACAAGAUUUGCAGAGAAAUGUAUGAUGAUGGAGUGGGUUUGCCUUUUCAAAGUCAACCUGACCUUAUUGGAGACAAAUUAGUAGGAGGACUGCUUUCCCUCAGCCUGGAUUACUGUUUUGUCCUAGAAGAUGAAGAUGGUAUAUGUGGUUAUGCCUUGGGCACUGUAGAUGUGACCCCCUUCAUUAAAAAAUGUAAAAUUUCCUGGAUUCCAUUCAUGCAGGAGAAGUACACAAAGCCAAAUGGUGACAAAGAACUCUCAGAGGCUGAGAAAAUAAUGUUGAGUUUCCAUGAAGAACAGGAAGUGUUGCCAGAAACUUUCCUCGCCAACUUCCCUUCUCUGAUCAAGAUGGAUAUUCACAAAAAAGUAACUGACCCAAGUGUAGCCAAGAGUAUGAUGGCUUGCCUCCUGUCUUCACUGAAAGCUAAUGGCUCCCGGGGGGCUUUCUGUGAAGUGAGACCAGAUGAUAAAAGAAUUCUGGAAUUUUACAGCAAGUUAGGCUGUUUUGAAAUUGCAAAAAUGGAAGGAUUUCCAAAGGAUGUGGUUAUACUUGGUCGGAGCCUGUGACACUGUUGGCACCAUGAACUGUCCAAAACUCUUAACUCCACCUUGUGGUUGGUGGUUGGGGUCUUCAUACAGUUCUGCGUCUGGAGCAGCAACAUAUCAGUCCAUUUGAAUUGAAAACAAAGACGACUUUGUUAAAACUCACCCAUCACACUUUCAGACUCCUUACUGGUUGGAAGAAGAUAGUAUACUGCUGCAAAUUCUGUAUGAAACAGAGAUGUGGGGCCCUUCUUCUGGGUCUUGUGUCUUGUGUUAGGUGCCAAGACACCUUAGGUGGGCUUAUAGGGAGGGUCUUUAAUAAAUGUAGUCAGCACUAUUUUUCUGUAUCCAGUGUUGCAUUUCUCACCUAAGAGUAAUCAAAAUCACUUCUGGCAUCCUCUUUGGUUUAUUGAAUGAAAUGUCUCAUUCUUUGGAGACAUGCAGAGUUGAGAAAGAUUUUAGUGGGUUUCAGAGCCUUCAGGGUUGAUUUUCCAGGUGGGAUGGUUGUGGCAUUAGUUUAAGAUGAAUAAAUGAUUUCAAUUUGGGGCAGUUUUUCUGCUUUUUGUAAAGCUAUGGCCGAUUGUCUCCUGUAGUAACCAUUGGUUCAGGCAUGUUGUACUUUGUAGGGACAAAUGUGCAGUUGUUUGUGUAAAAGCCUAAAACUGACAAACUUGUAAAUUUCUUUGUAUAUAAACUAGCUGUAACUUGACUAUCCUUUUGUUUCUUGUUUUUGGUAAUUUUUGUUUUGUUUUUUUUAAAUGAAAAGGUGUUUAGGAUGGCACUUUGAAUUAGCAAAUCAAUGGAAGGUGAAUUUUCCUUCCCCCCACCCCAUAAUAAGUUUUAAAGUGCCUCCCACUUAGGGCUAGGCCAUAACCUUUUUGGGUACAAGAGCCUAAUUUCUUAGAUCUGUUGCAAAAUGCAGUCACUUCUGGAAAUUAAUAACAGAUCAGCAUGUGAAAUGUUCGUUUUGACAUCUGUCAAAUAGGGUAAGAAGACUGAAUGGUUUUUGCCCUUAGAUCAGUUGUCCUUUAAUCUCAAGACUUGUUACUACUGAUUUAAAUCAGUCUUUAAUUCUUGCAUGAUUUUAUCUAAUUUUUAAAAGAAUGAGCACACUUUAACCAAUGAUUUAUGGCUACCCCUGUUUUUCCUUUAAUCACAGGUUCUGAAAGCUUCAUGUAUUUUAAUUUAGAAUUGGUGUUUUUUAAGGGUUCUGUGCAUGAGGCUGGCAGGUAAUCUCUGCAGGACUCAUUUUUUUCAUCAUGGCUGGCUGACUUCUCCAUAGAUUCAUAACAGUAUUUUUGUUAUCUUGCUUCCCAGCAGUUUUGCAUCAGCUAUUUAACUUUCAGCUCAAUGAGGGGAGAGGGAGGGAUAAAGAAGGAAACUUGAAACAGAUUUUCCUUGGUAUAUCUCCACUAGUGUGGGCUUUGAGUGAGUCUUAAAGCAUUGUAUGCAGUGGUAUCUAGUGACUUCCAGUGGAGGCCCAAGUGUGUGCCCUGUGGGUGAGGAGGAAGGAAGUCUCUUUGUUCUUAGGGUAGAACUCUUUUAACUGAUAAAAUGUAAUGUGUUGGCAAGCUGAAAACAAAUUUGCAUUUUUGAGGGCUGAGGUGAAGGUGAGAUCCCUACUAAAUAUUAAGACAGUUGAAUGUUAGUCUUUGACAUCUCAAGCACUCAUACAUUUUAUCUGGAGGAUUUUGGAGUUAUCCUCAUGGAAUCAGGAUUUUAAAACAAGUGCUUUUGGUUUUAUCUUGGCUUUUAGUAAUCCCUUUGGCUGGCCUCUGGUCACACGUGCUAACUGUGCAAUAGAUGUCCAGGUCUAUACCUUCAUCACUAUAGGAUCAUAAAGUGCUAUGCUAUCUUCCAUGGUUAUGAAUAUUUAUUAAGGUUGGAAUGACAUUUCUUUGAUUGUUUAGAUCACAACUCAGUUCCUGUAGAAAACGAACUGUAAAACUAUCUGAAGACCAUGCAAGAGGCUAAAUAAAACUUGAAGUGAAUGUG